GGGUGUCAAGUUUGUCUCUCUGUCGACUGUCACUGUCACUCUACGCAAACUCAUGUGGCUGUCCAUCAAGUCAAUAACAAACCAACACGUAAUAUAACCUAAUAUAAAUUGUGAUUAUUCUACCUCCAGUCAACAAACACCAUUUAUUUUACACGUUUCUAUUUCAUUAUAGUAUUCGUUAAAUUUAAACAUCAUGGAUAGCUCAUAUGAACAUCCGGAAACAUUGGAGGAAACUACACCACCCUUCAUAUUAAAUAUACGGGAUUUAGUGACUGAUUUUAUUGGAGAUUAUGGUUGGUAUUUCCUCGCACUAUGCUUGAUAAUUUUGUACUAUUGGCAAACCAUCCAGCAGCGUCUGGACCGAUGGUACAACGAGAAAUCUGACAAGGAGUACGCUGCAAAAUGUAAAAAAGAUCCUGAUUGGAUGCGCAAAAGACAGCUGGAGAUGGAAGCAGCAAGGAAGAAGAUGCAGGAGGAGAUGGACGCUAAAGCUGCAUUGCAUGCUGCAAAAAUGAAAGAGAAAGAAGAACAAAGGAGGGCCGAACUACUGGCUUCUACAUCAACAAAAGGGGGACAGAGGCUAGGGAGUGGGGAGACCUCCAGCGAAUCGGCAAACAACACGGAACCUACAAGGGCGGCCAAGAAAACGUACCGACCAGAGUACAAUCCGUUGAUGGGAAGUGGUGGCAGUGGAGGUUAUCGUCCGCCCAGGAGAGGAUGCCCAGGGGGUGGCUGCGGGUAACAUCAAUUGGGAACAAGUUCCUGUGUUUGUUGACCUCCAGUAUAUUGAUACACAUUUGUACAUACUGCUGGUUUUUAUUUGUUACCAGCAAUAGAAUACAUGUUAAUAUUCUUCAAACGUAAGAACUAUUGUUAAUACAUUUUUUGUUAAAAUGUUUAGUAAUAAAUAACAAAAUUGUAAUUACUUCGUUACUGCUGACAUCAAUAAAUUUUUACUUUCAUAAGCGUA